AUGUCAUUUCAGUCACAGAACAUUCAAGUAACUAUAGAAUUUGGACAUCAUGCUACAUUUAGGAAGAAACCAUCAGCAGAAGGAUACACUCAUGACUGGACAGUAUUUGUAAGAGGACCAGAAGGAAGUAAAAUACAGCAUUAUGUGGAAAAAGUGGUAUUUCAAUUGCAUGAAUCAUUUUCUAAACCAAAAAGAGUGGUUAAAGAUCCACCAUAUCAAGUCUCAGAAUCGGGUUAUGCUGGUUUCAACUUACCAAUUGUCAUCUACUUCAGAAGCAAGGAAAAACCCAAGAAACUGUCUUUUGAUUAUGACCUUUUCUUACAUGCUGAUCAAUGCACAAAUCAUGUUCACUAUGAACAACUAACAUUCACCAAUCCAAACGAAGAGUUUCGACAAAAACUGCUAAAGGCUUGUGGAGUAAGUACCUUUGUUAAUGUAUGCACAGCGUGA